AUGGAAGGGACAAAAUUUCAUUAAUUUCGAUACUCCUAGACACCAAAACAUUCACAUUAAAAUUCAGAGAAAAUCAUUUAACUUAAACCUACUAAUAUACAAUAAUCAUAGAGAAUGUAGACUGAUACUAACUAACCAAUUAUUAAACAAAGAAUAGAAAAAUCCAAAACCAUAUCAUAAUCUGUAUUCAACUAAAUUCAUAUUAUUAUUAAGUCUUAUUAUUAAUCUCCUAUUUUAAAGGAUAUACAACUUGAAUAUAUAGAUAGAUUAAAAAAAAUGGAUAAAAACGAUUUUUUUGCUCAAUUGAAUAGUUAGGACCCUUACAAAUAUCCCAAAAAAUUAGAAGGCCUUUAAUUUAUUACAUCUAAUAGUAAAGUUUAUCGAUAGAAAAGGUAGAAAUCUCCUAAGCCCAGGUCAUUUUGCCAACAGAACUGACAGACAGAACCAUAUAACUAACUAAAUUUUCUUCUAAUUUAACAAAAAGAGUAGUCAAAGAUAAAAUUCAUAGAGGUAUUCCCUUAAAGUAUUUUAUUUGUAUAUUCAAUUAAGGCAUGAUGUAAAAGCUUUAGCAGAAUGGACUGAUCUUAUGCUUGAAUAAGCUAUUGAGAAAAACCAAGGUCAAUCAGCAAAUAUAUAUGAAGAUUUAUAAUAAAUAUUUUCACUUUGUUUAAAAGAAUUAAUUCGUUAGAUAUCAUUUGACUGUAUAGAAAAAAGGUAUUAUUUUUAUAUCAUUAUUUAUAGUGUUUUAUUAGAAAAAAUAUGGACAUAAUAUAUUGAUAUUAAUACAUCUGUUUAUUAAUCAAUUUUAAAUUAAAAUAAUAUUUUAGAAAAAGAUCAUCUAUCAGAAGUUAUGAGAACACAUUAAUUAUAUUAAGCAGAAAUAGACAAAUAUUUAAUUAUUUAAAAAAAAUAAAAAGCCGAUAUGGAUUCAGUUUUGGAAAAAUUUGUAAAAUUAAAGGCUAAUGCAAAAUAUUUAAAAAAAAAUAAUAGAUAUUUAAAUACUUAAAUAAAAAUUUAAAAAAAUGAAAUCUAAGAAUUAAAAAUUGAAAAUAAAUAAUUUAUAGAUUAAAUUGAAAAAAUUACAGAUGAAUUACACGAUUAUUAAAAGAAUGUUUAAUUAUAAUUUGAAUAAUUUUCUAUAUAAGCUUAAAAUUAAUAAAGAAAUUAAACUAAUUUUGAACAUGAAAAUUAAUUAAAAUCUAAAUUAAUAAGAGCUGGUACUGAAAGAAGAAUAACUAUACAUUAAAUACCAUAAUAUAAACUACCAGAAAUCAAACCUAUUUAAAGAGCUAGUUGUUUGCAAAUAGAAAAAGUUGAUACAGAUUAAGAUAAACUUAAAAAAGUAUUAAAUGAUAGUCUAUCUGUUGGAGAUAUUGAAAUUUUAUUAGAGGAAAAAGCAACAGACACUAAUGAUCUAAUUUAAAUAUUAUAAUUAACAAAAGAAGCAUAAAUUUAAACAAUAGAAAAAAAGAAAUUAUCUAUUUAAAUUCCUAAGUAUAAAUAUUUAUUAAUUUAAUAGAUUUGAAUUAAAAGAUAAAAGAUAAUAAAUAAUUUAAACUGAAAUAUCUUUAUUUAAUAGGAUAUCAAAAAGUGUAUAGACUGAUAUAAAUGAAGAAUUAUAUGAAUCUAUUAAAAUGGAAGAGUAACAUCUUGAAUAAUUACAGGCAGCUAUUUAAAAGGCAAGAGAUCAAUACUAAAAAAUAUUUGAUAAUCAAAAUUGUGAUUAACCACAAAUUCAAGCAAUUUUUGAUCCAUUUGAUGAAUUUUAAAGUAAAUUGAAAGAAAAUCUUCAUUAAUAAAAAGAAAUGAGAACAAAUUUGAUUUUAGUUAAUAGUACAUUUAAAGAUGAGAAUACAAGAAAAGAAUAAUAACUUUAGCAAUAUGUAAAUAUAAUUUUUAUAUAUUUAGUAAAAACGAGUUUCAGAACUUGAAAAGAAUAAUGAUUUAGUUAAUUAAGAAAUGGUUGAGUUAGAAGCACAGUUAGAUUUAUAUGAAAAAGUAAAACUUAUAUUUAUUGAUAGAUUAAUGAGAAAAUUGAAAAAAAAUAUUAGCGUAUAAAAUCUGUUAAAUCAAUUUUGGUUGAUAAAACUAAAAAUUUAGUUGUUUAAUUAACAUAAACACAUAAAUUUGCAGAAAUAAUGAAAAAAAAAAUAUAAGAUAAGAGAAUGAGUUCAAUAAUUCCUAUGUAAAGUACUCCUAAAUCUCGAUUUUCUUAAGCUUAACCUUAAAUAAUAUAAUAAAAUUUAUCGACAAGUCCUUUAUAAAUUAGAAUAGGUGAAUAAAUUGAUAGUGAAAAUUCAUAAGAAAAUAUGAUGUCAAAUUAAGAAAGAAAUCUUGUAAAAUAAAAAUCAUUUAGAAAAACUGUUAUUUAAUAAUAAUAAUAAUAAUAAUAAUAAUAAUAAUUUAAUUUAGAAAUACCUUUUUAAAUUGAAAAAAAUUAAAAUUGUUAAUAUAAUAUUUCUAUUCUUCCAAUUUAAGAUAAUUAGGCUGCAUAAUAAUUUUCUUUACAACAGUCUAACUAAUUUUUAAGUGAAGAUGUAUAAUUUAUUUGAUAAUUUUUUAGGAUACUAUUGAAUUUUAAUAAAAUUCAACUAGAAAUAAAAAUUAAAAUAAACCUAGACCUAGUUAAAGAUUAGUAAAAUAUAUUAUAGAUAUUUUAAGCAAACUCCAAUAAAUUAAGCUAAAAAAAAAGAAUCAAAAGUGUAAAAAAGGGGAUCUAUGAUGCCAAAACAAAAUGAAUAAAUGCAAUAUUUUCAUGAGACCAUUUCCAACUUUAUAAAUUCAAAUUUUUCAUCUACUUCUUCAGAUAGUGAAGGUUCUGAAUAUAAUUUAUAAUUGGAAGAAAUAAAAUAAAGAAAGAAAAAAAUUAAUCAAACUAAAAAAUUCUAAUUUUCAUAAGUUCCAAGUAAGUGUAUAAAAAUAUCUAGAAUUUUAAAAUAAAUAAUCAUUAGAUAGCCCAGGUUUAAAUUAUCUAAAAGCAAAUCUUAUAAAAUAGCUUGCUACAAAAUUUGCAACUAUUAAUUAAAAAGAAAUCAUAGCAAAAAUGAAAAAGAGUGCUGUAUUAAAGUUAAUCCAAUAAUUUUAUGGAGAAAAACUUAAAUAAAAUUAAAAUAAAACAUCUUUGCACAUUUUAUGUUAUGAAUACUUUUUUAAUACAUAUGGAUUUAAGAAUAUAGCAGAACAAAAAUUGAUAAAUUUUUAUGAAUCAAUAUUCGUACAUCGAGAUAAUAUAAGAGUUAAUUUAUUUGGAAGAUUCUUAUAAUUAUUUAGUUCAUUAACUCUUGAUGAUUUAGAGAUAUAUAUCAAGACUCUGAAAUAAUUAGAUGAAGAUAAUUAGACACUUAACACUGAUAAGGUUAAACGUAAUUAUCAUUUUAGGGUUUAUAUAUACUUGUUGAGAAGGCCAUUUUAAUUUUAGAGACAAUUCAUUCUUAGAUCCCAUAAGAAUAUAGGAACAAUAUCAUAUAUGAUAUUAAGAUGAAUUAUAUAGAAAGAAAUAUGAGACCUUAUAUUGAUUAUGAUUACUAUAUUAGUAGGAUUUUGACAGGUAAAAGAAUUGAAUUAAUAAAAAAGGUUAUGAAAUAAUCAAGAAGAUGCAUAUGAAACAUUAUUAAGAAGUAUUUAAUUCAGCAGAUAUGGAUCUUGAUAAUAUGAUGGAAUAUCAGGAAUUUAAGAAAUUAUAUUAUUAUUUUGAAGCUAAUUAAGGAAAUUAAACAUCAAUUAAUGUAAUGGAAAGAGAAUUCUUGUCUCGAUGUGACUUAAUAGCUAAUAAUGAGGGUGAGAAAGCAAUGUCAUUUGAUAGAUUUUUAACAUUUUCAAUAGAAUAAAAUUUAUUUUCAGAAGAGAAAUUUACAAAUUUUGCAAAUAGUGUGGUUGAUUAAGAUCCUAUAAAAACAAUAGAAGAUUUAUAAUUGAAUUGGAAUGAUGUAAAAUUAAGAUUAGAAAAGAGAAUAUAAUAUGCAGUUGAAGAAGAGAUGGAAUAUUUUUUGAGUGUUAUAAAAAAGUUAGAUAAAGUAAAUAAUAGUUUGAAUUAUUUUUUAGGCUUUAAUUUGUGAAGAUAAAAGAUAGAGUAUUUGGAUAUCUUAUAGAAUAAUAGACAAUGAUACAAGAUUGAUUUAUAUAAAUAAAUUAGUAGAUGGUUUGAUUCCAUAGGGAUUUAAUGAACUGAAGGAUAUUCUUAACUAUUCUUCAGAUGAUAAUUAUUGA